ACCGAGUGUCAGCAGUAUUUCCAUACGGCUCGAAAGUGACACAAGCACGGCACGCAAAUGUGUGUCUCUGCCAUUCGCAUAUUUUCGCAAUGUGAGGCUGCAAGCUGUGAUCGAUUAUUACAGCAAAAUAUACAAAAUCAACGUCAAGAGUGAAUAAAGUGGAUGUUUGGGUGAUUUUUUCAAAAAAAAAAAUAUUUCAAGAAAUCAUUGGAAAAUUCCAAAAAAAAAAAUAUUGUGUGUGUUUGUUGCUGUUUUCAAAUCGAAUAGAAUACAAAUCUUUAUAAGGCCCGAUUGCUUGCAAAAAAACAAAGGCAAGAAAAAAUAUCGCCCCAACAAAUGUUGGAAAUCGUCAGUUUUUCCUAAAAAAGCAAAACCAGCCUGAAACAACAAUUGUAGCGCAUUACGAAAACGUCCAUUGUGGACUUAUGCCCCAACGCUCCAAAGUGGCGUUGGUAUUGACCAUGUUUGUGUUUGUUGCUGUAACGUCUGGUCGGCAGUGGUGAACCCAUUGUUGUUAUUGUUGCAAUUGAUUUUUUUCGCCAAUUCUCAAAAACAAAAAAUAAACUAAGACGCUAUUCUAGUGUAGCGUUUCCCACUUAAAUUCAAUUAAUAUCAAGUGUAAAAUGUUACAAUUUAAUUUAGUGUGUGUAAUUUUAUGAACGUGUUAACAUCGUCUUUGUGCAAGUGAUAUUUGUUUUGUUUUGUUUUUUUUUUGAAUCGUUUACGAGUGAUUUUGGAAUUUUUCUAAUUUCCGUUCCAAAAUAUUUUGCAAAUUAAAUUAUGACAAAUCGUACACUAUCUCAUCCGAUAUAUUGGAUCGCAUCAAAAUGUUUGAGACUGAAUCAGAUUCUGAGCAACAACAACAACAGCAGCAGCUGCCGCCGCCACCACCAACUACGGUGCCGAUCGUUGAAGGUUUUGCAAGUGAAGACUUUCAAAGGCACAGCAGAAUCGAAGUUGACGGGCUAGCGAACGGUUGUGAUAUAAGAGAGAAAUUAGCAGCCAAGAUGAUGAUGCCCACGCCGCCACCACCUCCACCGCCUGGAGUACAAACAGAUGCCAAUGGCUUGAUAUUGCCCAAGAAGCUGAUCAAUCCCUGUCUGACAUCAACGGAUCGCAAACAAUUGCAUCGAGAGUUAAAAUUCAACACAAAAAUGGGCAUUAGCGUUCUCAACCAAAAAACAGAAUUGCAACGAGCCUAUGAGAAGCGGCAACAGCAUCAUAUGGAUCAGCAGCCUCCCUCACCCACCUUUGGCCUUAAAAGUGAACUCAAUCGUGUGAUAAUGGAACGAGCUCAGAAGCAUGAACAAGCCCGCCUUCAAAAUUUGGAAAAUAAUGACGACGACAAACAGUACGUCAAUCCAGAAUACCUAAAUGCGAGAGCAAAGCUGCGGGCGGGACAAAGGACUGAUUUGAAAUAAAUGUUUAAGCAACUAACAUAACACACACAUAAACACAGAAACAACACAGACAGCACCAACACAACCA